GUUCAUGCAGAAGCAAAAGGAUACAGCUUCAUGCAAAUUCAUUUGUCCAAGCAACUUAGUGAUUUCACCGAUGAUGAGCAUGUUUUUGCUCGGCCUCAAGCAAUUGAAGACAGAAAAAUGAUGAGUGCAGUGGGUUGGUGGAAUUUAUAUGGGGUUACUUCCCCUAAACCGGAGGACUAUGAGAAGUCUUUAAAAAAUUGGGAUAAGUUUGCUUAUGAAGAUGAUUUGGACAAUGGCUUGGAAACCAUUUAUAUGAGAGAACAUGCUACCCUGUAUUCCAAUGAAAUUGAUUCUUCAGGACCUCCUCCAAGCAAUGCAAGUGCAACUUCUAAUGCCCCUUCUUCAUUUUCUACUCGAGGAAUUUCAAUAAUUUCUCAACCAAGGCAUAGGGAAGAGAUUGCAAGGGGAAAAAGGUCGAGGAAUCAGUUCUUUUAG